AUGGAGUUCCAUGUCGUGACGCAGCUUAUGGGUUCUUCUCUUUCAUCAGUGCUGAUACUAAUACCUUCCUUCAUGCUAAUGUCUAGGGUUGGCAUCAUCCUCUCAGCAGCAGCUCACGGUGGUAAAUACACCUCCAUAGGCUCGAAGUUUCAUUGGUUUCACGCAGACCAGCAUCAAUUUUCUCGCAGCUUCCAUCAGCAGCAAUUCUGUCUAUCUCAGCUGAAAUUUUGA